AAAAUAAUAAUAAGAAAAAUUACAUUAUGUCAGCAUCAAACAGCCAAAGUGAAGACUAUAUUGUCGAAGUCAAAACUGAAGGAAAGGAAGAGAAACCUACAAAGUAUUUGGCAAUUAGUCCGGAAGGCGAUUUUUUAGUUGUAUUAGUGAUAAAAAAUCUUGUUGAUUUAGAAUUCGAAUUCCAAUUGUAUCAUAUCCAAAAUUCAAACAAUAAAGAUAACUUAACGUUAGAAAACGUCUCGGAACAAAUAGAUGGUUUAAAACCAGAAAGUAGUUCAGAGCCAGAAGAUGACCAGGGAUUAUCAUACAGGAAACUUUCCAGAAUUCCUACUACAUUUAAAUUUACUGAUAAGCAACUAAAUAUGAAUAUAGACGAAUAUGAAAACAUAUUUAGGUGGUUUGUCGCCGUGUCUGAUAAAUCAGCUAGUUCUUCGGAAUUUAGAUUAUUGGCAAUAUCUUGUGUCAAUAUUAAAGAUGUGACAGGUUAUAUGGAAAAUUCUAGUAAAAUACAUCCGAUGGAAAUUCGUAAUAAUGGAUUUACUUUCGAUUAUAUAAUAGAUCAAAAAACUGAAAACGAUGAUGAAGAAACUGACAAACGCAGUCAAAAUGCUGAUGAGCACUUACUUAUUCUCUUAACACUUUCAGGAAUCUAUAAGUAUCAUAUGAAGAAUAAAUCUAUUAGUAACAUACAAAAGCUAAAAUACCCAAAAAGAAUAUACAACGCCAUCAAAAAUAAUUUAAAUCUACCUUUUGAAAUUUUUAGUAUCGAUCUAGUAUAUAAAAUUAUAUUAGUAUUUAUUAAGCACAGUUUAAAUAAGCAUUAUUUUUUGGUCGAUACUAUGAAAGAAAAUAUCAAAUACGUAGAACUCUACAAUUUAAAGACAAACCAAUUGGUAAAUACUUUUCGAAGGCCAAUUUAUUACAAAUCAGUUAUGAUUGAUAUUCCUAAUUGUUACGCAGUAUCAAACAAUGGCAAAUUAUUAGCAUAUGAAUAUGAAUCUAAUAAAGUAAUCAAAAUAUAUUCGAUCGAAUGUAGUCUUGAAAUAGCAGAACUUGUUAUUACAAAUUCAGAAUUCGUUAAUGUUACAUUUAUUGAAUUUUUUCACAAUGAUGAGAUGUUACUUGUAUAUUCUUCAAAAAAUGAAUGGUCUAUCUGGAAUAUUUUCGGCUCAUUACGAGAUUCUAUUAAAUUAGGAGAUCCAGGAUUUAAAAUAGAACUUCCACCUGUUUCUGAUUUUCAACUUUUUUGGGAAAUAGAACGAUCAAAUUCAUUCAUGGUCGUUAAUAAGAGUGACACACUGGCUAUUUAUGAUGAUUUGAUCGUAGACAAACAUUUGAAAUAUUUAAAGAAAAGUGAUAAACAAGAUUGGAAGAAUCUAUCAAAAGAUUAUUUCUUGAGACAAGAUCUCGAUAAAAACAUCCGAGAUCUUCAUGAUAAAGAAUCAGAAUUAGAUGAAGAUAAUUAUAUGCUUGAACCUUGGCUACUUACCAGUGAUUUAACAGCUCCACAAUAUUC